AUGGAUUCUAGGCUGGCUUGCCACAUCGUGACCCCGGUUGGCUGCAUGGGCUACGGGUUCGACGAGAACCUUGUGGCCCAAGAGCUGACAAGGCUCGCCCCCAGCAAGAUUCCAACCGCCAUCAUUCUCGACGCAGGCUCGACCGACAGUGGCCCCGAAAAGCUGGCUCUUGGAACCACGACUUGCCCGCGCUCGGCCUAUGUUAAGGAUCUUAGCAAGUUGUUGAGACUGGUGCAUAACUUUCGAGUUCCGUUGAUCUUUAGCUCUGCCGAAGGGGACGGAGCCGAUGAACAUGUGAGGUUGAUGGAGGAGAUUAUCGAAGAAAUAUCCGCAAAAGAGACGAACCAGCACUACUCAUUCAAGACCAUCUCCCUCUUCUCGGUCAUCGACAAGUCUGUGAUCCUCGAGCGGCUCAACGCCGGUCGCAUCAGCGGGUGCGGAGCGUGCGUUCCAGAAUUGACUGCGAAAGACGUAACCGAAUCCCUCCUUGUUCUUGCGCAGAUCGGACCGGAACCCUUUAUCGUCGCUAUGGAGGCCACGCCGGACUUCAACGUGAUCAUCGGCGGUCGGGCAUACGACCCUGCCCCUUAUGUCGCCUUCUCGAUGUACCAGCUCAAAUUGCAGCACCCAGAUAUUGGCCCCGAGCAGCUAGAAUCAUGCCACGGGGGACUCCUGCAUAUGGGCAAGAUCAUGGGAUGCGGCGGGCUGUGCUCGACGCCCAAGUCCCACGGAGCAAUUGCCACUGUCUACAUAGAUAGGACUUUUGACGGAAAACCAAUAGCCCCUGGUCCUGGGGGUGCGCUUCAUCUGGACCAGGCCCACUACAAGCAGCUCGAAGAUGAACGGACAGUUCGUGUCCACGGUGGGAGGUUUGUAUCUUCGGCUUCCCACGGCCAGCCGUAUCAGCUCAAAUUGGAGGCUGCGCGGGUUCUGGGUUACCGAUCCAUCACCAUGGGCAGCAUGCGAGAUCACAUUCUUGUUCAGCAGUUAGACAACUUCCUCGUCUCGGUCAAAGCAUAUGUCAAACAACAGCAUCCGGGUAUACCCGGAGACUGGGACCUUGGCUUUCACGUUUACGGCAAGGGACAGAGCACGCCCACAGGUCCGGGCGAGGUGUUCAUCGUCGCGGAAGCUGUCGCACCAACUGAACAACUCGCAACGGCCCUUGUAGUUAGUAUCACAGUCCAGGUGAAGCUCGUUGGGGUCGCUAACAAGCAUGACAGCACGGGCCCUACCCGGGUCAGAAAGCAACUUCGGGCAACUUUGCGUUCGGCCUAG